AUGAUCUCGGGCUCAUUUGUGUUCUUCUGCUGGUCUUCAUCAUACUGCAGCACAACACCAUCACAGCAGAGGAGAGACCUGAUAAAGAGUUACAAGAACACAGUUGAAGAGUUCAAUCAAACCAUCAACAGUUUACAGAACAAUUACACUGAUCUAGAAAAAGACCAACUGCAGAACAAUUUCAACUCUUGCAGUCACAAGAACAAGGAGUUGGUGACCAGAGUCAAAGACCUCACCGCUGAGAAAGACCAGUUACAGAGAGAUUUUGCAGAUUUGAGUCAGAAGAAAGUGGAGUUAGAAAGCAGAGUCAGGUCUCUGAGUGAUGAACAGAAGAAAGACAGAUCUAAAGGAGCCAGUGUUUGGGGUCCAGAUAACUUGUUUAUGUCUGAUGAGGUGAAGAGCUGGUCUGACAGCAGGCAGUACUGCAGAGAUCGUGGUGCUGAUCUGGUCAUUAUCAACAGUGAAGAGAAGCAGAGGCACAUAUCAUCAUUUAUCAAAGACAAAGUGUGGAUUGGUUUGUCUGACACAGAGAACGAGGGCAACAUGAAAUGGGUGGAUAAUUCACCACUGAAACAAGGGUUUUGGGCCGAAGGUGAGCCGAAUAACUAUCGUGGUAAAAGCGAGGACUGCAUUGAAAUGAGACCUUCAGACCCUGUCUUGAAAAACUGGAAUGAUGUCUUGUGCUCUGAGAAGAAAAAAGGAAUUUGUGAGAAAUAGGGUCAGUCCCGUCCUAUCAUGCUUGCCCUUUUUUUGUUAUGUUUUAUGCAUCAUUAUUCCAUAUUCAUAAUAUAAAAAUGUCACUGAUUCUCCCUAACAGUCUGAUUUGCUUUCUUUUUUAAUAAAACGGUCAAUAACCAUCAUUACCAUAGUAUCUUUUGUUUUUGAUUUAUUUAUGCUUUGUUUUUAUUUCUUUGUAUCUAUCUGAGGUUCAGAGUGACGUGAUCGAAAAGAAACAUUGUCUUUCAAGUUGCAACAACAUUUUAGUUAUAGAUUCAUAUGUGUUUUUAAAGACAUAUAUAGAUAACUGACAUGUAUUUACAAAAAAUCAAGUUCAUUACUACAAGAAGUAGUAUAAAGAAUUCAUGUAAUUGUUCAUGCAAUAUUUAAAUCUAGUGGUUUAUAUGUUGUUCUCUAUUAAGUGGUAUGUGUUCCCCAGCCUAACCCUCUAACCCUCUUUUUAUGCCUUGUCAAGUUCUCAUGAAAUUUUGUUUUUCU